GCGUAGACGGCGCCCCAGCAUGGGGAAACUCCACUCCAAGCCGGCCGCCCUGUGCCGGCGCCGGGAGAGCCCGGAAGGUGACAGCUUCGCAGUGAGCGCCGCCUGGGCUCGAAAAGGCAUCGAGGAGUGGAUCGGGAGGCAGCGCUGCCCAGGCAGCAGCUCCGGAGCCCGGCAGCUGCGGGUGGCUGGCACCGUUGGUAGAGGCACCCGGGAGCUCUUGGGCGAAGUUUUCAGAGAAACGCUCAGCGAGGAGGAAGAGGAAGACUUUCGGCUAGAAGUGGCCCUGCCUCCAGAGAAGACCGACGGGCUGGCCAGCGGGGAUGAGAAGAGGGUGGAGAAGGCCAGCGAGUCUUGCCCUGGCUCUAAGAAGCAGCUGAAAUUUGAAGAGCUGCAGUGCGACGUGUCCGUGGAGGAGGACAGCCGGCAGGAGUGGACCUUCACCCUGUAUGACUUUGACAACAAUGGCAAGGUCACCCGAGAGGACAUCACCAGCCUGCUGCACACCAUCUAUGAGGUGGUUGACUCCUCGGUCAACCACUCCCCCACGUCAAGCAAAACUCUGCGGGUGAAGCUCACCGUGGCCCCUGAUGGCAGCCAGAGCAAGAAGAGCAUCCUUCUUAAUCACCCUGACCUGCAGAACACAAGGCCCAGAGCAGAAACCAGACCCACAGAGGAGCUGCGAAGCUGGGAGAAGAAGCAGCGAGCCCCCCUCAGGUUCCAGGGUGACAGCCGUCUGGAGCAGUCCGGCUGCUACCACCAUUGCGUGGACGAGAACAUCGAGAGGAGAAACCACUACUUAGAUCUCGCCGGGAUAGAGAACUACACGUCCCAGUUUGGGCCUGGCUCCCCGUCAGCGGCCCAGAAGUCAGAACUGCACCCCCGCACCUCCAACCCCACUCGGUCUCGCUCCCACGAGCCAGAAGCUGUGCACGUCCCACACCGAAAGCCCCAAGGCGUGGACCCCGGCUCCUUCCACUUCCUUGACACCCCAUUCUCCAAGGUCUCCGAGGUCCAGCAGCGGCUGCGGGGCACCCAGGACGGGAGCAAGCACUUUGUGAGGUCCCCCAAGGCCCAGGGCAAGGGCGCGGGUGUGGGCCACGCGGCCCGAGGGGCAAGAAGCAAACCCCCUCUGGGACCCGCCAUCCCGGCGGUGUCCCCUUCCGCCCACCUGGCCGCCAGCCCAGUCCUCCUCCCCACGCUGGCACCCCUCGGGCACAAGAAGCACAAGCACCGCACCAAGGAGAGCCCCGGGUGCCGGGGCCUGCAGGCGCCGCUGGCCGUGGGCGCCGUCGCGGGGCGGGACCAGGUGCGGGAGCUGCCCGCCGUGGUGGUGUACGAGAGCGCGGCCGGCCAGGCCGUCCAGAGACACGAGCACCACCACCACCACGAGCACCACCACCACUACCACCACUUCUACCAGACAUAGAGCCCCCGAGCCCGCCUGCCAUAUGAAGGACCCCCGCCCCCAGACCCCCG